UCCUUCCGGGGACGCGAGUGCCAGUUCGUGAGCGUGCGCGUUCUCGCCGCCGCCGGUGCCGCUUCCGCCGUCCUCUGCCGCUGCUGCCGCUGUCGCCGCCCCGGAUCCUCAGGCGGAGCAGUGGGACGGCCGGCUGCCCAGCAGCGCCGCGGUAGGGAGUACGGAACCGCGGAACCGGUGGACAGGCGGGCGGGCCGACAGCCCAGAUCCCAUGCCUUAAGGAAUGAUUCUUGUUUUCCUGUAGACAGAACUCAGGCUGGGUUCUCUGGCAGAAGAGUACGGGGAGCAGAGCCGGACCUGCCAUACUUUCCCUGGGGCUGAGUGGAAGAAUGAUUAAUCUAACAUGGCUGACCAGAGGCAGCGCUCACUCUCUACCUCCGGGGAAUCAUUAUAUCAUGUUCUUGGGCUAGACAAGAAUGCAACCUCGGAUGACAUUAAAAAGUCCUACCGGAAGCUGGCCCUGAAAUACCACCCUGACAAGAACCCUGAUAACCCAGAGGCUGCAGACAAGUUUAAGGAGAUUAACAACGCCCACGCCAUCCUGACAGAUGCCACGAAAAGAAACAUAUAUGACAAGUACGGCUCGCUGGGGCUCUAUGUGGCCGAGCAAUUUGGGGAAGAGAACGUCAACACCUACUUCGUACUCUCCAGCUGGUGGGCCAAGGCCCUGUUUGUUGUCUGUGGCCUCCUCACCUGCUGCUACUGCUGCUGCUGUUUGUGCUGUUGCUUUAACUGCUGCUGUGGGAAAUGCAAGCCCAAGGCACCUGAGGGUGAAGAGACGGAGUUCUACGUAUCGCCUGAAGACCUGGAGGCCCAGCUGCAGUCUGAUGAGAGGGAGGCUACAGACACACCGAUUGUCAUACAGCCAGCAUCCGCCACAGAGACCACCCAGCUGACGGCUGACUCCCACCCCAGCUACCACACCGACGGGUUCAACUAAAUUCAGGAGAGGCUGUGAUUAGAGGACGAAUCAGCACCUGGCCACUGCAACCUUAGAAUCAUGAACUGUAGUCACUGAGAUGGGGAGGCAGCCGUCAACCUGACCUGCUGUGGCUUGUCAGGGCCCCUCCCACCUCCUCUAAGCCCACCCAUCUGUCAAUCCUUGAUACACGAAGUGCGUAGCAUGCAGUAUUUAAAGCAGUGUAGCUACGGUCUUCUUCUGUUUUAUCCUUUUGUUUAAUAGCAUGUAUGGGUUAUGUUCAGUGUCUGUGUUGUGGAUGCGCUGCAGCUGGGCUGAAUUAACUGGAUGGCAGUGCUGUCUUGGGUUUUCAGCUGGGUCCAGUGAGGUUCAGCUGUCUCCUUGUGCUUACAGGAGUCAGGUAGGCACCUGGAGCUACAUCUCCAUGUUGGCCUCUGUGUCCUGUGACAUGGUCUAGUUCAUGGCUCUGAUCUCAUCCUCAAGGCUGCAGACAGGGUUCUGAUUUCACCUGCGAAGGAGGGAGCUGGGCCCCAUCCUCCCGGCAGCUCCAGCACCAGUCGUUGUGGAGAGCGCAGGUAUGCCCUUCUGAAAGGGAGAGCACACCUGUUAGACCUGCUGUGGAGAGCGCAGGUGUGCCCUUCUGAAAGGGAGCUCACACGCUGUAGUGUGUCUGUCUUGGGUCUCCUGGCCUUGUGGACUGAAAUCCUGUCAUUGGAGGCAGAUCCCUUGCUGGUGUGUGGGAAAUCAUUUGUCUCUGUUCUGCACCUUUCCAGGUCAAAAGCUGGAUUGACGGGGCCACAGCCUCUUUUCCUCAUUCCUGGGUCAUCUUCCACAUUCCUUCAAGCCAACCUUGUUAAUUUUUAUAUUUUGGGGGGACUUUAAGAACCACAAAUGGUAGCACCUGCCACUUAGCCAUAGUCAGAAAGUCUUUGAGUCCAGUUGUGGGUGGCAUGUAGCUGCUUAUAAAGAGUGAGUGCCCAGGAUCAGAACCUCUUCCCUGUGCUUGCCAGAGCUCCAUCCAUCCCACUUGCCUUCGCUUCCACCUGUCGUCAUCAAGGCCUCCGGCAGUGCUGGAGUGUUGGGUUCCUGGUGCCCCUGACUCGGAAGGGUUGACUUUUAGGGAAGCUUUGGUGACAGUUACUGGACCUGGGAUGCCAGCUGCAAGCCACAGAAUUACUUUGUGAACUUCUCUCCAGUCAGUAUUCCAGUCUUGGUCACAGGUACCAUGGUGGGCAGAGUUGGAAAAUGUGGUUACCAGGGAUUUCGAACCACCCUCCCCUUUUACAGUUAGCUGGAUUAGCUGUGCCAGACUUCAGUGAGCCAGGUUCCUCCAGAACCUUCUGCUGGCUGCUACUGUCCGCAUUUCCAGUACAGAGGAAGAAGGAGAAAGCUCAUGUUGUGGCCCAGACAAACCACCAUGUGUUUCCAAAGCCACCAUCCACCUCCUGGCCCCUGCUCACCAGGACCUUCAGGAAUCAGAUCAGGUUGACAGGAAGUUGCAAGAGGUAGCAUUGUGAGGGCAAACUUGGCAGUGAUUGAGGGUGCCUAUCCAGGUCCUGGGAGAGAGACAUUGAUGCCAGGGUUCCCAGCUGACCCUACAGGGAAACUACAUGAGCCAGAAGCUGGCUUCAAAGUCCUACUAUGGGUUUGUAAGUUUGUUUUAUUCUUUAUAGGAUUUUAGGGAUAUUCAUUAUCAUACUGAGUUAGAAAUAAUUUGUAAACAUCAGACCUAUGGCUACAUGUAGUGGGACUUGCCUGUAAUCCCAGCACUAGGGAGGCUGAGGUAGAAAGACCUUGAGUUGCAGGCCAGUCUGGGUUUUAUACGGUAAGACCCCUACUCAAAUAAAUUUAGUAGAAGAAUGAGAAAUUGGCGGGGCGGUGGUGGCGCACCUUUAAUCCCAGCACUCCAGAAGCAGAGGCAAGCAGAUCUCUGAGUUCUAGGCCAGCCUGGUCUACAGAAUGAAUUUCAGGACAGCCAGAAAUGUUACACAGAGAAAGCCUGUCUCCAAAAAACCAAACAAAAACCGAGAAAUUCAUUGCUGGGUCUAUUAUUAGAACAAAGGAAGAAGAGGCCACUGGGCAAUCUGGGGUGCUGGUCCCAUCACCCUAGUGUUGUUGCCCUUUCAUCAUGAUGGCCAGGAACCAGGUUAUGAGUAGAAAGCUGCAGUCUGGUAGCACGUCCUCCUGCCUGUGGCUCUGUGGCCCUUUCUCUUGCAUCCCAGUGAGCCAGGUGCUGUUGGGUGAGAACACAGAGGUCGAACCUGGUAUCUUUUUGAAUUUGUAAAGCUAAGUAAAUCAUGUUGAACUUAAAACCAUCAAUAUGUGCAACAGUUUCAAGGUGAUAAUAGUGAUUGUCAAGGCCACUGAACUCCCUGACCUAUCCCUGAACGCAGACUCCCUUGCAGGGUUUUGCUGAGUUGAUCUAAAGUCUCCUUGAUUUCAUUUGCCCUGACCUAAGCAUAACUGGUGAGUCUUAGGAUCAGCCUGACUCUUCCUGACCAAAUACUAUCAAAUGUAGAGAAGUUCAUCCAGUGCAGUGGAUGCCCCUGAAGAACCAGACCCCGGGGACCCAUCUCACCAGGCUAGAGUAGAUUUCUGUUUGUGCCCAAUGAUGUCUUUCCUUGUCUUCCUUUUGACUGUGUUUUUAAAUUACUUUAGAUAAUUCUGUGCAAUGUUUAUAACCUUUCCUAGUCUUCUGAUGUUCAGUUAACACAGCCAGCACCCAAUGGGGGACCUGUUAGGAAAAGAAAUCAGUGCUUAAUGUGGUUAGCAGGAAACUUUCCCAAAAUUGUUGGUUACUGGGUUUGUUCCCGAAUCAUAAAGCCAAGUCUCUUCUCAGAUGUUCAGGUGCCAGGUUUUACUAAUCCCAGUGCCCCUUGUCCUGCUGACCCAUGACUUUUAUUCCAGGUAAAUCUUGUGCAAAGAAGCUGCCGUUGUUGCAGCUGAUAGUCUCCAUCAUUCAAGCUUUCCCUGGAGAGUCUAGGUGCUGUGGUACGGAGAACUGGUGGGCCAUGACCAUCUUCCUUGGCUUUCUGUGCACCUUUUAUUGAAGGAUAGCUGUGAACAGUGUAAAACAUGUCUGAUCUCAUUCUUUUCCCAGGGUUUUGAGCUGUGAACCCAUGUGUCCCAGCACUGGCCUGUUCUUUUUAUUUUGGUUCAGUUUCCUCCUACAGAAAUAGCAAAAGCUACAUCUUUACUAUCCUCACAAGCACAGUAUGUGUUGUCACAUGCUGUGAGUGUGGGCUGUGGUGUGUGUUGGUGUGUGUACAUAUGUGUAUAUGUAUAUAUCAUGCAGCAGGCCUGUCAUGCUGCUGUUUGGUGGCAAAGCAACAAGUACAAUAAAAGUCGGCUCCAAAACAGCCUGUGGUUUCUUAAAGUGUUGGGCAGGGGUAGGGUCUCUUGGCAAAACACCAAAGGAAACCCUAAACUUACUAUGUACAUACAGGUACAUGUACUUGAAUGCACUGCACUGCAUAGGCCCUGGCCAGCAUUUGGCUUCAGCUGUGUAUGUUGGUCACAAGGGUGACCAUACCAAAUAUAUCCCUCGGGACCAUGCCAAGCUCACCUGAUCAUCGAAUAUAUGAGGUCUAGGACCUAACUAGAAGCUUUCCUCUCUUGAAACACUAAAACCAAUUUAUGAGUACCUGUUGAGAUCAGUAAUCAAGGUGCACGCAGAGGACAGCCUGGGAAGGGGCUUUCUGUGUCCAGUGCCCCAUAGGCUGUGCUGCUGGGAGAUAGUUUUCUAGGGAAGUGUCUCAUGCUAAGUUGGAGGAAGAAAUUUUAAUUUAAAGACAAUUUUUUUAAGAGCUGAAUGUAAGUGCAUGGAAAGCCUGUACCAGUUUUACCCAUUUACUGAAGUCUGGAUAGAGCAGAGCACAAGCUGCUGUCGGCCCAGGCUACCUGACUUUGGUGUGCCUCCAGGGGCCAAGCUGAAAGCUGUGGUGGUUCCGCAUGGUGACCUGUCUAAAUGUUGACCUAAAAUAAAUGUUUUCACUGCAGA